GGCAGCAGAGGGAGGGUGACAUUACAGGAAGAGCCAGAAGGGAUUGGCUGGGAAGGCGCUAUAGGUCAGUUGCUCGGUAAACGCUGGCGCACCCUGACUAGCGGAGGGAGUGACGCAUUGUCUGUGGAACAGCAGCACUGGAUUGUGAGCGGAGGGUGGAAGGCAGGUCCCGGAAGCGCCGUUCCGCGCUGGGACUGGCUCCUUCGCAGCCAUUUUCUGUCCAACCAAACAGCCGAUUCGUGCAGGGAACCAACCAGGGCCGCACUGGAGAUGGACGGUGAUAGCGCUACAACAGAUACUUCUCAGUUAGGGAUUUCUGGAGACUAUAUUAGUGGGAGCCAUUAUGUAAUACAGCCCCAUGAUGGGGACACAGAAGACAGUUUAAAUGACCCAGAUGACACAAAUGGAUCUAAAGAUAGUUUCAGAGAGCAAGAUAUUUAUCUUCCCAUCGCUAAUGUGGCAAGGAUAAUGAAAAAUGCUGUACCACAGACAGGAAAAAUUGCAAAAGACGCAAAGGAGUGUGUACAGGAAUGCGUAAGCGAAUUUAUUAGCUUCAUAACAUCUGAAGCAAGUGAACGAUGCCAUCAAGAAAAGCGAAAGACCAUCAAUGGAGAGGAUAUUCUGUUUGCUAUGUCAACGCUAGGCUUUGAUAGUUACGUGGAGCCAUUAAAGUUGUAUCUUCAGAAAUUCAGAGAGGCAAUGAAAGGGGAAAAAGGUAUUGGCGGAACAGUUACCACAGCAGAUGGUCUAGGCGAAGAGCUUUCAGAAGAACCUUUCACUAGCCAAAUACCAGCAGGUUUAAUAACCACAGAUGGACAGCAACAGAAUGUUAUGGUUUAUACCACAUCAUAUCAGCAGAUAUCUGGUGUUCAACAAAUCCAGUUCUCCUGAUUUUGACGGAAAAAUCCCAAUGUGCAAACAUGAGUCAGGAAGAAAGCUAUAGCAAUUUGAAUGCGAUGGAGUACAAUGGUGUGUGAGGUUGUCAUUUUUUUUCUUUCCCCCCUCCCCCCUUUUUUUAUUUAAUUUUUUGUAUAUUAUGUUGCUGUAAUGUAGCUUUCUCAGGCAUGUCAUAUGGGAGAUAAAACCCACUGUUAUAUAUAUGUAUAUUUUUAUUUUUGGUUAGUUUUAAGAAUUGGAUUUUAAAUGCAUUAUUUCAGUAACUUUUUUUUUUUUGUACAAGAGUUGUUCUUCUGGCUCCUGUAUGCAUUGUAAAUUAAUGAUUUAUUACUGUCUGAGAUUUGUAGACAGUUUCUUAUUUUCAUAUUGAAUUGUGUAACUUCUUUUGUAAAUCAAAUAAAGAAAAAAUGCUUCA